AUGGAUGAAUGGAUGGAUGGAUGGAUGCCGUUAAGCGAUUCCGACCUCAGCAAUUCCAGCAUCAGUGAACAAGCGCCAGUGCUGAGAAUUUUUGAAACUGACGAUUUACCAUUGCAUUGUGGCGAUUUCACAUUACAGCACGCAAUUAUGGUACGAUCGAGGCAGCUAUCCGAAAUAGCAGGCCUAAUAGAUGAAUCAACCUCGGAUCAACCAACACUGAAACGUUUCUCACGUUGCAAUCAAUCGAUGCAUUCUCGACCAUCCUCACAUAUGUGUGACUUAGAGCCUGGUUCUUCUUAUCAACAACAACAACAACAACAGCAACAACCGAAUACGUGUUCCAAAGUUAGUAGUCGAUUGAAAACGGGAUUAUUCUUCAAUGGAAAUUGGACAUUACGCGGUAAAAAGGAGCAGAAAAUGCGACCAUCUAUACAUGACAUAACUGUCGUACAAACUGAAAAAUUGUCACCGAAUUUAGCAGCAGCGAAAUCGCCAUCAGCUAAAACAUUGAAAACGAGCUACCCAUCACCAUUUCAACAACACUAUCAAAAUCAUCAGUAUAUUCGUGGAAACAGUCCAGGAUCAUCGAAUCAUAAUGACCAUCUUUCCUCAAUAAAUGACCAUCGAAUAUCGUCAACAUCUUCUCAUCUUAAAAAUUUCACAUCAGAUAAAUAUCACUCUGAUUUGGUAAGAAGAACACCAGCAGAAGUAGUUCAAAGAGCAGUAGUUACAUCACGAUACGCCUGGCCUUCCGAAAAUUUUACUCAGCUUUCGACAACAAAUCCUUCCAUAGCAAUUGGACAACCUGAAUAUAUCAUUCCAGUUAAACGAACAAUUUUCAACGGUUUAAUAUUUCUAACUAAAGUUUUCAUAGUCUAA